UUAACCUGCAAUCAUCAAUGAUAGAAUCAUACAAUAAAUUACCAUUGGCCAGCCAUGUAAUAACUUCAGUCGAAUCAAUAUAAAUUUUAAUUGGAACAAAAUUAUUUUCCUCAACCAGACGCAAGCCUUCAUAAAGGGCAAUUAGUUCCAUUUGGUUAUUCGUAGCCCAAGGGUAAGCUAGCCCAGGAUCCAGUUACCAUUGGAGUUACGGAUCACCCCCAAUGCCUCCCUUUCUAAGAUUUCCUUUACAAGCUCCAUCAUUAUUGAGCAUAAAGGAACCUUGUAUGGGGUUGAUCCAUUUUAAAUGGAUAUCCACCUUACCUUGAACUUGUUUAUUAGGAGAGACGAGAGUAAUAUAUUUCAAGGUUUCAUUGUAAAUCUGUAUCCAAUUAGGAGUAAUAGCCCGAUUAUUGAAGAAUUUGUGGUUUCUAUUCUUCCAUAUAGCCCACAGGCCGAAAGGAAGGAUGUUAUACCAAUUUAUCAUUCUAUCAAAGCUUUUGUGACUCAACAAAAACCAAGUGGAGUGCCAAUUUUGGGGUUAGAAACUGGCUAUGUUCAGCCCACCAAUCUAGGAGCCUGCCUCAAAAAGAUGUUUCCAAAACUCCUUAACUAUGGGGCAUUCAAAGAAGAUAUGACCCAGAUCUUCAGAUCGGGAGUUACAACCCUUACAAGCAGAGUUAGAGACCAUCCCUAUUCUACUGAGAUAGAGGGAAGAAGGGAGCCUGUUAUGCUGUAAUGUCUUGAUUUCAGAAGGGUAAUUGGAAUUCCAAAUCCACUUAAAGGGAUGUCCAGUAUGAGACUCAGAGGCACUGCUGGUAAUAGGCCUUCAUAACUCCCAUUUCAUUUAUGGUUUAUAAGCCAUUAAAUACAAUAGUGAUGAUAGAAUGUGGACCCUCUCUUCCAUUAGCAACUUCCGGCAGCAAUGGCACCUAAGAAGGAUAAGGCUCCUCCACCGUCUUCCAAGCCUGCCAAGUCCAGCGGCGGCAAGCAGAAGAAGAAGAAGUGGAGCAAAGGAAAGCAAAAGGAGAAGGUGAACAACAUGGUUUUGUUUGAUAAGGCUACCUAUGACAAGCUUAUCACCGAAGCGCCCAAGUACAAGCUCAUCACCCCUUCUGUCCUCUCUGACAGUAUGAGGAUAAGUGGAUCCCUUUCCGGGAAGGCAGUCAGGGAAUUGACGGCUAAAGGGUUGAUCAGGAUGGUGUCUGCUCAUGCUAGCCAGCAGAUUUACACCCGGGCUACCAACACUUGAGCGUUAAGAUUUAGAAUUUGUUGUUUAGACAUAAUUUUGUGCUAUCAGUUGAUGAUUUGUUACUCCUUGAAUUCUCAUGCUUCUUAAUAGUAUGUGAUUACCUUAUACUGAAAAACAAAAUGAUAGAAUGUGGAUAUAAGUUCAUAUAACUUUUCAUUUUUAUUCUUUCA